UUCUUGGAAGCCCAAGUAUUUUGACAUACAUGAAUAUGAUGAUGAUGCUCUCUAAAUGAAGAAACUUUAUGGAUACUUACGAUUUGAUGGAACCCAGGUGACCCCAACUAGGAAUGUUACUUGGGUAUAUUUGUUCCAUUUAAAAAAGAGUAGGUGUUGAGGUUAGUAACUUGUUUUCUAUUCUUAUUCCAUCCUUUAUGAUCCAAGUGUGGCAUUAUACCAUGUCUACUGCUUACCAAAUUGUGACAUUAGGGAUAGCCUUCAAAAAGAGAAGGAAAAGAAGAACAGAAAAGAAAUGCAGGCAGGCAGGCAGGCUUGAUUUCAAGUUAAACCACAUUUGAAAUGCAAUGGAAAAUGAAAGUUCAUUAAGAGAAUGAAGCAAAGGGAAUAAAGUGUCAUCUUUGUUGGUCAGAUACUUGAUUGAAUGACUUGUUAUAACAAAUGACUUUCAAAAGAAGAAAGCUGCAAAAGCUCCUCUCUUUUUGUCCAGCUUUCAACCUCUCUCUGCAUUCUGCAAGGGUUAGGGGGACGAUGAGAUCAAAAAGAAGGAUGAUGACGUAUCCAGGCACGCGCAUUGUACAGUCUCACAGAAUCUCCCUGCUUUGUGUCCAACACUGUGGAGGCAAAAUGGCUCAGCUAAACCUUGUCUGCCUGGGACCUCAACAAAGACUCCAUAGACUGGUACAUGUACCCAUUUGACUGAGAUUGCACAAUGUAAAUGAAAAAACGAAGCUAAAGAAUCCAAAUAGAGGAGCCCAAACAAAGCCCAGGCGCGGCGCGGCCCGGCCCAAUAGAGCACCUCCCUCCACUACAGACUACAGGUCUCCAUAUAAACUCCUGAAACCCCGGCAGCAACUUCCAAGUUCAACCUCUUUAAAAAUGGAACAGAGACGUCCAAAUUCAGUCAAGACUCACCGGCCGGACUCCUUCUCCGGCACUGGAGUCCCGCUUCCGGAGAGUCCAAGGGUGCCAAUGGAGUUCCUUUCAAGGUCAUGGAGCGCCUCAGCGCUUGAAAUCUCAAAAGCUCUAGCUCCUGCUAACAACAACUCUAACACGGUCUCCAACUCCUCUUGUACCACUCCUUGUAUACCCGAAGGAGUUACCGCCGAAGCAGAGGAGCUCCCUUGGACGGUGGCUGAGAAACAAUUCUCCUUCGCUUCCUCCGCCACGUCUCAGCUUCUCCUCGAACGUAUCAUGUCACAGUCGGAGGUGUCGCCGUUAACGUCAGGGAGGCUUUCUCACAGUAGUGGGCCUUUAAACGGCGGUUGCUUGACGGGGUCAGAGAGCCCACCUAUUUCACCCUCGGAGGAGUUCGACGACGUCGUUAAGUUUUUUCGCGCCCACAACAGCAUACAUCCUCUCUUUAAUGGAGCUCGUGCUAGUUCCGGCAAUGGAGCUAGCACACCAACUGGAGCAAAGACGGUUGGGCGGUGGUUGAAGGACAGAAAAGAGAAGAAAAAAGAGGAGACCAGAGCUCACAAUGCACAGCUCCAUGCGAUGGUCUCUGUUGCUGCUGUUGCCGCUUCUGUAGCUGCCACUGCAGCAGCCACAGCAGCUUCUUCUUCUGCUUCUGGAAGGAAUGAGCAAUCUUCCAAGACUGACAUGGCUGUCGCAUCUGCGGCUACCUUAGUAGCUGCUCAGUGUGUUGAGGCGGCUGAAGCUAUGGGAGCUGAACGUGAGAAUCUUGCUUCAGUGGUUAGCUCAGCUGUUAAUGUUCGUUCUUAUGAUGAUAUUGUUACUCUCACUGCUGCAGCUGCUACAGCUCUACGUGCCGCGGCAACCUUGAAGGCUAGAUCACUGAAAGAUGUACUGAAUGUUGCAGCAGUGAUGCCAACAGAACGAGUGGUAGGAAAUGAGGUAUGUGGUAAAGCCAGCAGCGACGAAUUUGUUAAGGGAGACAAUUUUCUUGAUGCCUGUAGUCAAGAAUUUCUCGCUAGAGGUACUGAGCUUCUCAAACGCACUAGAAAAGGCGAUCUUCACUGGAAAGUUGUCUCUGUUUACAUUCACAGGACAGGCCAGGUAAUGCUAAAAAUGAAGAGCAAACAUGUUGUGGGGACCUUCACCAAGAAGAAAAAGAAUGUGGUGUUGGAGGUGUACAAAGACAUGCCGGCAUGGCCGGGGAGGCAUUUGUUUGAGGGCGGAGAGGAGUUCCGUUACUUCGGACUGAAGACAGUAAAUCGUGGCAUCAUAGAAUUUGAGUGCAGGAACCAGAAAGAACAUGAUAUCUGGGCACAUGGAGUGUUGAGACUUCUCUCGGUGGUCAACCAGAGCAAGAACAGAACUAAAACCUGAAGACCCGACAAUCAAGGUAAUUUGGCGGAGACUUGAGACUUUCCCACUUACAGUUGUUAAAAGAUUUAGCCAUACCAGACAGCAGAUGAGACUGAUGUACACCAUAUCCAUCAUCGUUUCUCUGAAGAUUCGAUGGAUUACCAGUCAAAAAGUUCAAGGAAGUGUCAUGGCCAACUUUCAAAUGUGACUAAGACAUGCAGGUUCAAUUAGCAGAGUACUUAAUAUUCAUGUAGUCAAUAUGUUUCGGCCAUCUGCUCAGGAUCAUGGAAAGAUCAAUAGAUCAUGCAUGUCUCAACUAUUUCUCAGUAAAAAAACUUUGUUUACAUGAUUUUUUUACAUAUCCUACAAAAGAGAACAUGAAUGCCAUGAUGCCUGCCUCGAUAAUUUCUCA